AUAGAGAAACAGCUGAACAUGAAGACAUUUUAUGAGUGGACCAGCUCUGCCAACAUGGUAGAAAAGGAAGUUGAAGUCCAGAUCCCCAAAUUCAAACUUGAAAUCAAGUAUGAGCUAAAUUCUCUGCUAAACUCCCUUGGGAUGACAGAUAUCUUCAACGAAAUCAAAGCUGAUCUCUCUGGAAUGUCACCAGCCAAAGGCCUGUAUUUAUCAAAGGUCAUUCACAAGUCAUACGUGGAGGUCAAUGAAGAGGGCACCGAGGCAGCAGCAGCCACUGGGGACAGCUUUGUUGUGAAAAGACUCCCCAUCCGGGCUCAGUUCCUGGCGAACCACCCCUUCCUGUUUUUCAUAAGGCACAUCCCUACCAACAUGCCCCUCUUCUGUGGCAAGCUUGCCUCCCCCUAAACAGGGGGCGCUGAGUGAGGCUCAAGGUCA